AAAAUGUACACUCAGGUUUCCCAUCUACAAAAUAAAACCCUUUCAACAGUUUUUAGACACAGCUUGUUUUUUCAUAGACGUUGGAAGCUUGUGUGAAGAACUGUGGCUCAGUGGUUCAUAAUGAAGUCGCUACCAGAGCAAUGAUGGAUGACUUUCGACAGCUCGUCAAUGUAUGUUUUCAUAAAAUGAAGGCUAAUUUCAUUACAUUCCUUAUCAAAUCCAUUUUUUAUAUAUUAACCCUAAAUUAAGUGGCAAUGCACCCCACUUUAUUAUUUUACUCUAACGCCAGACAAUUUCACUCAUCAGGGGGAGAGUGCUGCCACUCAAUGUGUUAAAUUAAUUAUGUAUUACUGUAGACAUGUGCAGAUACUGUGAAAAAUGAGAUCUUAAGAAUACUCAAUGCCUGGGCAUAUGGUUUCCGUAAUGAACCUAAAUACAAGAUUGUUGAAGAUACCAGAAAUUUAAUGAAAAUGGAAGGUACUGCCGACUUAACAGAAAUGAAUGAAUGAAUGGCUCCUUGAUGUACUGUACAUGUUAUUUCAUGAUCAUGUUUUUUUUUUUACUUAGGGUAUACUUUUCCUGACAGAAAUGAAAGCGAUGCAAUGUUCAGUGCCUUGAAGGUAACAAAAUAUUAUCUCAGUUCCACAUUACUCAAUAGCUAGUGAAGAGUACACCACAGAGAAAUAGAUAGCCAGGGCUAUCUAGAAAAGGAAGGUGAAGGCACUUUUCCCUUGCCCCUCUUAUGCUGGAGCACAUAUGAAGAGGACUCUCUCAAGUAUAGGAAUGUUUCACCUGUUUUUACUGUAAAAGUAGGAGUUACUAUCGCAAGGAAAGUAUACUGCCUCAAACUUGAAAUAUUGCUAGUGUGACCUCAUAGGGUCCUUAAAGGCCCAAUAAAAUGUCUUGGCAGCCUUAUAAAGCCAGAAGUGGUAAUAUCUUGUCUUGUACAUAGUUACUUAUUUUAAAAUUAUAUCCAAUUGCAAUGUUCUUUAUAUUUACUUCAGGCUCCAGACUGGGCCGAUGGGGAUGUUUGUCACAGGUGUCGCGUAAAGUUUGGAACAUUCACUCGACAGGUUCGUCAAUUCACAAAAUAAAUUACCACGUCGACAUCAAACCUCGAUUAAUUUACUGCAUGCUUAAUUAAUUAAUUAGAAAAUUAUUGCAAUGCAAGAUGUGUUGUAUAUUUUCAGCAUCAUUGUCGUUGCUGUGGUGAAGUAUUUUGUGGAAAGUGUUCAUCAAAGAGCUCAGUGAUUGCAAAGUUUGGUAUUGAACGUGAAGUGAGGGUUUGUGAUCCAUGCUUCGACCAACUCAACCCCGGCGAAGCAAGGUAAGGCCAUAUAAAAAAAAAUAGUUGGUUAGCGUCCUUAGCUUUUGUCAAAAAGUGGGCGGGCGGGCGCUUUUUUUUUAAUUUUUACUAAUUUUUAACGCGUUGGUUUUACUCACUGUAAGGUCCGAAACUGGAUUUUCUUGUGCAGUACAGAUAUUUUUUUAUAUAUUUCAAAAUAUAAUUCAUACCGUCAUUUUCGCACGCAAUUUCGCAAAUUAUUAACACAAUUGACUACAGUCAACAGAAAUACUACAUAUAUUAGAGCCUGUUGAUCAAUAAAAGUCGGGGUUUUUUUUAAAUAAAAAAUAAAAAAAAGUCCUGAGCGGGGCCUUUUUUGUGGGCGGGCGGGGACGCUAACCAACUAUUUUUUUUUAUGUGGCCUAAUUACAGUAAUACGUUGUUAAACUGAUUGACUCUUAUUUACUACUAAAAGGAAGGUUAUAGGAAAGAAGUUUGAACUUCCCUGACAUAUGUUUGUACUUCUCUUAAGUUCAAGCUCAUCGACAAGUCAAACAUCAUCAUCGUCAAAGCCAGCUGACGGUAACCUCCCUCCAGAAUACUUGAGCAGUGCACUGGCAAAGGAAUCACAGGUGAGGCAGGGCUUGAAUUUUAUCGCGGCAAUUGCUGUAGAAGAGGCACAAUAUGCCGUGGAUCAUUGCGACAACGACGGCAAUUUCUUGCCGUAUAGUAUAAUUUUUAUACUAUUCACUGUGCAUUACUAUUUUGAUACUUGAAUUCAGAUGUUGAUCAAUAGAAUGGGUAAUCGUUCCACGUUUUGCGCACCAAUAUAGUAAACGUUAUGUAAUGGAUAUUAUAGUGUACUGAAAAGUUAACUGGAUACCUCCAUAUACAUAUAUACACACUCUAACCCCAACCCUAACCUAACCCCUAAUAGGCCUACCUAACCCCGAACCUAUAUUGGUGCGCGAAACAUGGAACGAUAACCAAAUCAUGCGUAAACUACUAUUUUAGUCUCAGUUUUCUUCGGAAAAAAAACCACUAAAGAAAUACGUAAACAUGUUUCUAGCUUGUCAGCAAUCCAAAGUAACAAUAAAAAUGAAGUUUUAUUACAGUAAUUUGAAAAAAUGCCGUGGAAACUGCCAAAAUUGCCGUAGACAGCUCAUUGGCUUGACUCAACAGACACUACUGUAGCUGAAAUGAUUCUGCUCGAUCGAUCUACGUUUUAAAUAUUAAAUCUAUAGCAAGCUUUCCUCUGUGGUUUAGAUUCCAGAAAAGAAAUCUGAUGAAGAAAUCAAACGUCAAGAACAGGAAGAUCUUCAGUUAGCAAUGGCGUUGUCUGUAUCUGAACAAGACACGAAACAGGUGAGAUGUAAUAAUGGGAGUUGAGAAGCGAGGGUUUGCAUGAGAGUUUCCUCAUGAGUUGCAUGAGUGUUGAUGAGAGUUGGUGCGACAAAGGAACAACAACUCUCGCCAACUCUUGAUCAAAAUUUGAACCAUCUCAGAGUUGAUGAGGUGCAACUCUCGUCAACUCUUACCCUCAUUCAAGCAGGGCUUUACACCCUUUCUCUUUCCUCUACGAGUUCAGAACUUUUCAGGGAAAGAGGUCGCUUUUCAAACUAAAUUUCAUAUUAUAUAAUAUCUUGGAGCUUGAAUUAGAACAACCAUGUUGCAUACCUGUUCAACGGAUUGAUUACUGUAAUUGUGAAUGUCUUCCUCCAACAGAAGCCAACCUCGCAACCGUCCAGAAUUUACGAUGUUAUAGAGACGAGACCAUCCGCACCAAGCAGACCUUCGAGUUACAGUUACACAACUGCCGUAAGUACAUUUUAACAUAUUCAGGGUUCGUGGCGGUCUUUGAAAUCCUUGAAAGUCUUUAAAUUUGAAUGCAGGUCUUUAAGGUCUUUGAAAAGUCUUUGAAGUGUGUGAAAAAGCGAAGAAAAUCUUUAAAAGUCUUUAAAUUCUUUAGUGAGGAAUUGAUUAUACGAUUUCCUAGCUAAUAAAAUAGAUUGAUUGAAGCAAGAUUUUCGCAAAUAUCGACGAAAAAGUGCAUUUUAGGAUGUGAUUUGACGGGACUAAUUAUACGGAGUAAAAAUGGUGCUUAUACAUCGCAAUUUUUCGACACCUGAUUGCUCUCAAAGGUCUUUGAAAAGUCUUUGACAAUAGGCAGAAAAAAUCUUUGAAAGUCUUUGAAUUUGUUUGGUCUUGGAGACUACGAACCCUGAUAUUUAUAUCAUGGUUAACCCAUUGAAUUGCAUUGCGCCCUACUUUAUGAGCUUACUCUGUCUAACGCUAGCGCUGAUUCGCACACUGGAUUUUUUUUUCAAAAUUCUUACCAUGGAAAUAAUCUUGAACUGUCUGUGCCCGUGUAGAUAGUGCCAAUAGAAUGAACAAGCUUUCGUUGGUAGGGCUCCAGACGUAGGGCCUUCGUUCGAAAUGUCGAAAUUCUCCUCAAUACAUUUUUCAGGUAGUUGCAUUCCUACCAACGAAAACUUGUUCAUACUGUGGAAAUAGGACGGAUCGUAGUUGAAAAUAGUAUGGAAAUCCAAUUUUCAUAUACUAAUUGCAAUUUUCAUACCAUAGGCUUAAGUAUGGAAACCCGAAAAAACGAUUUUUUUUAAAAACCGAUUCAAUCGAUUUUUCUUUUGACAAAAAAACGAAAAAUCGGGAAAAUACUUGAAACUUGCAGAAACAGCGCGUGACUGCAUAGAAUAUUAGAGGAUCAUCGAGCGAAAUUUAUUGCGAAAAUAAGACCGAAAUAUUCGUAAUUCGCAACCGAAAUGGCCGCCAUAUUUUUUUACCCAGUGUUUCCAACAUUUUAUAAAAUUGCCAUUAAAUUUUCCGUAAGGAAAUUUUUAUUAAAAAAACAUCGUGUUUUUCGGGGGUUUUCAGACGGUUUUCGGAUUUCACCUUUUUUCCCCAGUGCCAAUGGGUUAAAACUUGCAACUUUUGGUGUUUAUAUAGCAAUUGAUUGAUGAUUUUUGUUUUAUUUUUUAUUUAGUCAAUGGAGGAAGUGCAGGAGGAGCCAACUGAUUCUGAGGUAAGGAUACGAAGCUCUGUCAACCGUUCAUGGGUUCAUGGGUCAGGAAAAUCCACUGAGGACUUCAUGGAUUAAAGAGCUGAAAAUAAGCCGUUAGGAAUCAGUAAAAAGUGAUGUUAAACCGUUCCACUAUAUUCCUGACAGAGAGUUACGUUUUAGAGGGAGUUACGAUUUUUAGACUUUUGUAAUUUUAUAUUUUAAACUUAACCCUAAACCUAAACUUAACUCUGAUCCUAAUCUUAAUCCUAACCCUUUCCCUAAUCCUAACCCUAAGUGGGUAAGUGCAAAAAUAGUAACUCCCUCUAAAACGUGACUCAUAUGAAUAUAUUUCAAACAGUGAAAAAAUCAGUUCAACAGAAUUGUAAACCGACAAAUUUCAGAAAAUAUCCAAAAGCUAAAAAAGCGAGACGAAUUCAAGGAUUUUUAUACACUUCUUUAUAAAUUCAAGGACAACUUUGUUUUAAGAGUGUAAAGGUUUUCAAAACAACGAAUAUCUCUAUUCCUUGCUCUUCUAUAGUUGGAUCGCUAUCUGAACAGAUCGUACUGGGAGAAACGAAAGGAAAACGCGGCACCUCCCGCUUACACCGCCCCGACACGCGAGGAAGAAGAACCACCUGUAUCCACAACAGCAUAUAUUGCAGAACCUGCAGGACAAGUAUGUUUACGAUUCUUGCAUUAGAAUUAAAGUUUUGAUCCUGGACAAGUAUUUUGGGAAAGUUUUUUUUCUUGAAUAGACCUUUAUAUGCAUAAUGACGUCACAAGGCUUGAUGCCCGCGAGGAAUGCUGGUCUUAGUAGUCAUCGCCCGGUAUUGGCCAUUUUGAAUUGUUUAAUUUUCCCGGGCGAUGACAUCAUUUUAUGCAUAAGGUCUAAUGAUGCUCUACGGCAAUUGCCAGAUAGUAUACUUCAAAAUAAGGUUUCCGUUUUUAUAUCAAUUUUUAAAAUAAGUUAGGGUUAGGUUAGGGUUAGGUUGGGGUUAGUAUUAGGGUUUAGUUUUGUGUUAGGAUAGUUUUUUCUACGUUAUAAAAACGGAAACCUUAUUUUGAAGUAUACUAUCUAGCGAUUACCGAUGCUCUACACUGGAAUCGCAGGGCCGCAAGAUGUACUGUAUGCUCACUUGGAUUAUCUACAAAACCCAGCAUUCUAGUUCAACAAAGUAAAAUGAAAAAACCCGACAUAAUUCUACCUGUAGUUGUUUUCUGUGAUGCUAUCAUGUGAUUCGCCCAGAUGCGUACUACUUUAUUAUUUUACCCUGUCUAACGCCAGACGAUUUUACUCGUCAGGAGGAGAGUACUGCCACUCAAUGAGUUAAAUUAAUAUAUAGGGGUAGGUUUGCAUGUAUAUCGACCAAGCGCCUAAGCAAGGAAUUACUUUGUUAAUGUACAACGUCUUGAUGAAGAAUGCGAAAAAAUAACUUUAUUUAAUUGCAUUUUUGACUGUUUGCAUGAUAUUUUUCUGCAGACACCACAAGAUGCUGAAUGCGAGGCCUUCAUGAACACAUUCCGCAGUAACGUGGAGAAAUUGAUGGAGAGAAUGAAAUAUGUAGCAGGCAAAGGCAGACAUAUAUCUAGUGAUUCUAUUACACAGGUAUGAAUAAUAAUGACAAUAAAUGAAAGAUUAAUCUUUAAAUUGUUCCCUUGUAAACUUUGCAAGCUGCAUGUUCACUUUGAUGCAUAUUGUUUGCGUAUAUAUUCGAAACAUUCUUGCGACAAUUCUGUCACCAAAUAGCUCCACUGACGAUGUUGGCCACAAGUCUCUUUAUUGAAAAGAUGAUUAAUAAAUAUAACUUGACAACUGUUUAAUGCAGUUCCUGGCAUCUCAUCGAAAGCCGUGGUUUUUAAAUGAAACAUAUUAUUUUCUUUUAGUCCCUCUUCCAAACAGUAAAUUCGAUGCAGCCUCAGUUAAUGCACUUUAUCGAACAACAAGAACUGGAGAAAGGUGAUUGUGCUUCAUGGAAAUCAUCAUCUUUCCUUUCAAUAAUAAAGAUGAUGAUCUUAACACCCACAUUUGCAAUCAGGAAAAUUUUCCGCCGAAAGAAAAUUUUGUAAAAUUUGAUUGACCGACACAAAUUUUCCGUUGGAAAAAAAAUUUUGAAGUUGAAAAUAAUUUUGAAGUUGAAAAUUUUCAACUUUUAACAAUGAUAUUUUCGGAAAAUUUUCUGUCCGUGGAAAUUUUUCUUGAGUGGAAAUGGGCCUUUUAUUAGCAAUUAGUAUUAAAAGAAAACAUACCUCGUUUGCUCAUCUAUUCCUGCAUAAUUUUUGUUUAUUCACCCAUGUAGUUAGAUACGGCUCUUUACCGCUGCAUUUUCUCGAUUGCCAGUUGCAUUAGGAAUUGUGAAAUGCGCUCCAUACGUAAAUUAGGCCAUUUUAGAAGUUGCGCUCCACAUGUUUGUAUCGAAAAUCGAAAUGAGUUGUACUAAAUCUGAAUUGUGAGUGCGAUUUCGGUACGGCUAAUGAUUCAUUCGCCGGACUCGAGACGGCCAAACGUCUGUUCAUGGUAGGGUCCCCCCCCACCCCUACUUCCAUGUAACCAGGCCCUAACCUAUCUUUUCCUUUAGACAAGUACGAGAUGAUGGAAGAGAAGCUCGGAGUUCUGCAAGACACAAGACGUUCACUGGACGACGCGCGAACUCAAAGGCGCGAGAAACUCCGACAACAAGAACUGGAACAGGACAUGUUACGUCGUAUGCAGAUGGAGCAGAAAAUGGAAUUACUACGACAACAGAAACAAGAAUAUAUGUUGUAUCAACAACAGUUACAAACACAGAGACAACAAGCUUUAGAACAGCAGAUGGCCAAAGGUAGGGGGAAUAUCAUCAGUCACCAAGCAGGCAGACUGAGACAUCGGAUCUAGUAUGUUAUAGUAAUGGGAGCUUAAUAAGCAAGUGACGUUUUUGUCAAUACGGACGUCAGAUUGCCGAGCAGGGACUGGAUUAAAAACUAUGUUUGUGUCAGAUUGUGGUAAUCUUCAAUAUAUAUGACAAAACAUAAGUUUUUUGCUUACUAACAUGAUGCAAAAUGCCUCCAAUAUUAGUGAUACUAAUUUUCAGGUGACGUCCGUCUUGACAAAAACGUUGCUUACUUACGGUUCUAAUUUUGUAAAUAAUGUAAAUAGUCUACCAACUUUCUCAUUAAAGGGGCAGUGUGACGGUUCUACUGCGCAUCCAAAAUAUGCGCGAACUUGAAAAGCUGUCUGCCAACAAUUAAUCAAGUUAGGACUUAGGAGUGAAAUACGAUAUACUAUUUAUAAUCCCUUUGUUAUGCAGGACAUCCUUACUUUGUUUUAAAAAUUGAAGGCUGCUGCAUCUUUUCCAAUCAUGUAGCAUUAAUUUUAAACGUUUCUUUGCGCCAUUUAUUUUAGCCAAUCAGCACCGUGACACUGCCCCUUUAAAACUUAUAUAUUUUGCAAAUACCUGUAGCUCUAAAUAUCACUUUCUUGUAGCUUUUUUAUUUUUUGGCACACGCCCCUUGUUGAAAUCAGCUUCAGUUGACGGGGUCAGCGUGUAUAAAUACAAUUUCUAAUCUAUUUUACAGAACAAGCCAUGAACUAUGCCGUGACGUCAUAUGGUGUGUAUCAACCUGGUAGCCAAGUGGCAGGCAUGCCACCUCAAUCCACAUAUACCCCUGGAGGCCAACCUGCACCACCUAACUAUCAAUCUGUGACACCUGGUGCCCAACCAUACCCUCCAGGUGUCCAAAGACAAGGUCAGCCCCCUUAUCAACCAGGAAACCAGUACGAAGCCCCCACGUCACAAUUUCAGAACAUGUCCUUACAAGGGGGUAGAACCCCUGCCCCUAACCAGGCGCAACUUGCAAGUGGACAUCCCCCACCACCUGGUCCAGCAUACCAACCCGCAGCAAGUCAACCUCGACCGCAGAAUAUUGCUACUCAGGGACAAACUACACAGUAUCUGCAACCUGCAGGACACCCGCAACAAAGCCAACAAUUUGGGCAACCUACUCAGGCAAACCAACCCAACCAGUAUCAACAAGUAGUGAGUGACGGGCCAAGACAAGGCUACCCCAUGGAACCAAAUUACCCAUCAAGUGGACCUAUGUCAUACCAAGGUCAACCCCCACCUUCACAAAGUAUGUACACCCAUACACCACCAUCAUCAGGACCACCCUCCAUGGAACAGUACUCAUCAGGACCAAACUCAUUACAAGACACCUUGACCGGAGGCGUACCACCCCAGCAGGGACCACCUCAAUUUCAACCAUCAACCGGCCCACCCCCUCAGCAAGUUCAGCCACCUCAACACAGUCAACCCUCACAGCAGUUCCCUCCAGGCCAAGCCCCCAUGUCACAACAGUUUCCUCCACAACAAGUCCCACCUCCCCAACAGGGUCAACCAUCGCAAUUCCCACCCCAACAAUACCCCUUACCCCAACAUGCUUCUCAAGCACACCCUGCACCACCAACACAAGGUCAAGGCCCACCCCCACAACAAAACAUGCCAGCCCAGGGCCCACCCCCGCAAAACGUCCAACCACCUCAAUACGGUCAAGGGCCACCCUCACAACCACCCCCUCAACACUCGGGGCCAUCAUCUUCCUUACAGUACCAAAAUCAACCUAUAGACCCCAACUACCAACAAACUCCGGGACAGCAGCAAUGGGGGCAGCCCCCUAGCGGUAACUACCAACAACCCCCACCGCCCUCUUAUGGAGGUUAUGAACAAGCACAACAGCCGUAUGGGCAACAACAAUAUUAUGAACAAAAUGUGGCAGAAGCUCAGCUCAUUUCUUUUGAUUAAAAUGUUAUAACCCAAUAGACACAAUGUAUAGUGUUCAAAUAGUCAAUAUUAUUUCUCGUUAGAUUUCGAAAUUGUUAUUAUGAUAAUAUAUAUAAUGCAUUGUUUGAUCUGUAUAAAUGUAGUCCAGCUAAUUUGUUUCAUUGAAUGUAAUCAACAAAAUUAAUUAUAUGCGUAUUUAAAUAAAUAUUCCAAACGAUUGUGUGUGAAAAUAUACUUCGAUCAACACUUUGACAUUUGGACUGAAAGCCCUUCCACAGAAAUGUACUUCGCUUUAAAAGUGAAGUGUUUUUUAACAAAAGGUCUUAGGUACUUCAGACACACACAACGGCAGCUUAUUGUAUAGACUAUGGUGGUUUUUAAAAUAAAUUUCAAGCGUGGAUUUAUUUAUAACAAAAUUUGCAUUGCGAAUAUAAAAAUCAUAAGCAAAAUGACAGGUUACAUUCAAAUUUAGUGCAUAUAAUUAUUACGUUUGGACAGUUUUUGUCGACGGAAGUUGAUAUUUUUAUGUUGCGUGUGUUCAAAUUCAUUCACUGUUUACCACCAAUAAACUUUGAAUGUUUCAAUUCUUUGCGUUUUCCUUCUUCCAUUAAAACAUUUGGGUUGUUAUCAGAAAUUAUGGUCAAGAACGAUUUUAUUGGUCAAUGCUAACACUGCGAUCUUUCCACUCAACGGAGCUCGCAAGACGUAUUUGUUUUCUACAUACCAUUUUCGACGACUGGUUUAAAGAUACCUUUCAUUCCGUAAUGCAUUCUCCAUUUCUUCCUUCCAACUGCAAUAUCUUUGCUCCCGUGCUCGAGGUAUGAAUGUAUGAUUUGGCAGGUUGUCUGAUAACGUAUUGCCUGUGUAAUCUUGUGUAUUGUCUUGUAAUCGGGCAGACGCCUUUAAUUGACCAGCCCAAUAUUAUCGAUCAUGUUCGUAGGGUGCCCGACUGUGUUCCACGAAUGUACCAACAUGUACCUUUUCGUUCGAGACCUAGUUCCUA